GGUGCUAGGAAGGCUGGGGUGGGCGAGGGCCGAGGGCCGAGGGCUGCGGCAACCGGGGGGCGGAGGCGCAUUGUGAAGUGGCCAGAGCGUCACAGGCGGCCCGGACCCCCGGAUCCGAGGGCGGGGCGGGUCUUCGCAGCGCCCCCCGUGAGGUCCAGGGACCCUGGCUCAGACGCUGGGUGCGCGGGAAGGGAGCAUGGAGGGCUUCGGCCGCUUCUCUCCCCGUCCUCACUCGGACCUCUGGAGGCCCCGCCGCCCCGCAAGGAGCGCGCAUCCUCGGCGCGGCUGGGCGGGUCAGGGCCGGCAGAGCGAGCAGGGCCUGUGCUCCCGGCCCGGGACUCCCCGCGAGCGGAGCGAGGCGGCGCCCUGGCCGCACCUGCGCUGCUCUCCCACCCCGCGGCCCCGCCGGCGCCGGUACCCGGACUUUCCGCCUGAAAGCCGCAGCCUGACCGACGUGGCCCGGAGGCCCCCGGCCCACGCCAGGAAGCACCGGCCCCGCAGCCGGCGCCUGGAAGACGCCUGGGGGGAGGCGGGUACCAAGCCCCCUGGAGCAGGGAGGCAGCCCGCCUAGCCCGGCCUGGCAGCACAGCAGCCCCAGCUGCCACCGCAACAGCCUCAGCCCUGCCAGCACUACCCUCCGGCCCGGGGAGAUUCGCCCCCACCUUACCCGCAGGGAGCUUACACUCCCCCGAGUGGAACUUUCGGGGUAGAAAAGGUGCAGAGCGGAGACCAGUGGGCAGUGCCGGCCUGCAGAGGUCUCGGUCGCUGGUCCCUUUCCUCGGUUCACACGAAGAGGUGUUCUGUGCCCUCCAGAGAGUUCGGGACGCAGUCAGGUUGCGUGUACCUCCAGAAAAGAUACCGUAAUGAUCCGGUGGAGUCCUUAGCCAGCCAGUACUCCCAGCCCUCGCUCUCCAGCAAGGCGAUGCAGAACCAGCACACCCAGAUCCUCAAGAACAAGCUGGAAGAGGCAGUAAUGUCCUCCAGGGACCGGAAGAUUGUGGCCCUGGUGCUGACCUGGCUCAAGAAGGCCCAGAGGAUGCGGGAGCUGCAGCAGCAGGCGGCCCUAGCCUGGGAGGAGCUGAAGCGCUCUCGGACCAGAAGGUCCAGUUUGACCCUAGAGACAGAGCGCAAGCGGUUGCUGCAGCAGAGCCAGGAGCAGUGGCAGCAGGAGAAGGAGCAGCGUGUCCGACGGCGGGACCGGCAAGCGACGAACACGAUCCGGCAGGAGCGCAGGUGGAAGGCGCAGCUACAGGACCAAGAGAACCAGCUCCAGGAGAAGCUGGAGGGGGCCCCCUCUGAGACCGAGGCCAAGCGCGGGACGCAGUACCAGGUGCAGCGCCUGCAGGAGCACGAGAGGAUGAUGCAGGACCUGCGGGAGCAGAACAGCCUGCAGCUGCAGAAGAGGCUGAAGCAGGCCUGUCUAAAGAGGCAUGUGCACACCACCGAGGGCCAGAAGAAGAUCCAGGAGACCCGUCUUAGCUCCCUCGUCAAUUACCAGGCCCGGAAGGUCCUCAUGGACUGCCAGGCCAAGGCUGAGGAGCUCCUUAGGAAGCUGUCCCUGGAACAGAGUUCCCAGUGGUCCCAAGAGAUGCCCCAGGGCCUGAUUAAGGAGCAUCACCGGGAGCCGAAAGAGAAGGUCAAGAAGGAGGAGGAGCAGUGCCAGCAGGUCAAGGGGUGCGCGGAAGAGUCCGGGGAGCAGAGGAAGGGGCAUGAGCGGCUGCCCGUGGAGCUCGCGGACCAGAAGAUCCUGCAGACCAGGAGUAACGUCCACAGGAAUAUCAGCGACAAGGUGCAGCAGAUUCGGGAGCUCAACAUCCUGCGGGAGAAGAAUCAUCACAUCCUGAAGCUGAAAGCCGAGAAGGAGGAAAAGUGCCACAUCGAGCGCAUUAAGGAAGCCAUUAGGAAAAAGGAGCGGAAGAUGGAGCAGAUCUCGCGAGAGAAAGAUGCACCCUUCGGUGAAUUCCAAAAGAUCUCCAGGGCGUCCAGGGCAGACAACGUGAGAAAGUUUGCCAACAACUUCUUUGAUCCGAUAGGGCGGGAGGCCCAGGUUCGAGCUGGGCAGCAGAGAGGAGGCCACUGAGACCCUGACGACAAAUAGCUUACAGCCCAGGCGGCUCUGCUGUGGAAGUCAGGAGAGUGGCUCCCCUUGGGUGGGGGGCUAACGGCUGGAAGGGGUCCAGGAAUGCAG